AACCAAAAAACACCAAAAAGAAAAAAAAACCAAAAAACACGAAAAAGGAAAAAAGCAAACAAAAAAAAAACAACAAUUCAAAUACGAAGUCGAAUCGAAUCGCUGUGACCUUCCCUACUAACUCGGUAGUAAUAACUGAUAUAAAUAAAUAAGUAAUACAGAAUCGAAUGCUGUAUGCAUAUGCAGAAUAACAUAUAUCAAUUUGGAGAUUGGGAUUCGCAACACACAACUUUUUUAUGCUCUCUUUUAACAGCAUUUACAAUUACUUUGCGAAAGUUAUUGCAUAUUCCAAGGGGCCAUAUUUGUUCUGAUUUUCUGUGGACUUUUACUUUCUUUAUUCAAAGGCUUUUUGAGAAUAUUCCUAUUGAAAUUUUCCAACGAUUAAUUUUCUAAAACAUUUUAAUUUUCUAGCGACUUCCUAAAUGCCAUUUAAAUUUAACUUUCCAAAAAAUAACCUCUAAACGCUCCUUUCGUGUGAGAGCUAAUGAAUUAAAAUGUUCUACAAAAGUAUUUCUCGCGAAAUUUUACUCCAUGUAGUCAAAUUACAUACUAGUUUCGAUGUGAAUUUUAACCCGUUUUCCAAUUAUUUCAAAAUCACUUGGGCUAAAAAUUUCAAACUUUAUAUGACCAUACAUUUUUUUGCAGAAAGAUUUAAAGGUUUUACUAUAUGGAGGUUUAACUUCAUCCUGAGUUGGAAAUCACAAUGAUCAUGAAAUUGUUGCACGGUGUUAUCAUUACGUUGUAUCAGUCUGGAGACACUCUCUAUUAUUCUUUAUAGAGAAAUCCGUCUUUAUGUUUAAUUCAUUGUCCCCACAACUUGGGACAACCGGGGACAAUCUGAACAUCACUAGAUUUGUGCUGUGAGAGUUCAACAUGACCUCAUAACCUGGAAGAUUUUUUAAGGGGUUAUACGCAGUUAUGAAGCAAAUAAAAGACGGGUUGUCAAGGAUUUAUCCUGAAGAAACUUCAGAAUAUUUUAAUUUGAAAAUUUUUGGUGGCUAUAAAAGCAUCCUUCAAGAACGUAACAAAAUUUUUUAUUUAUGAAAAUGUUGAUUAUAGAGCGCGCUGCAGGCGAUUUCUGGAACCUCCUUUAAAAAAAGACGAUUUACGGUGUACAUCGUAACUCAGGAUUGGAUUAUCUGAAAUCAAAAAACCAAACAAAUUUUGUUAAUAUAUUAGAUUAUCUAGUAAUUAAUCGUUCGGCUAAUCAAAAUAGUGAAUUUUCACAAAAUGGCAGCUUUUAAAAGAAAUGAUUUCGAUUUUUACGUUAAAAUUUGGCCGUAAAUUGAUUAUAAAAUGGAAAAUAACGUGGGGGGUAAUUUUUCCCAAAAAAAUUUUUUCCCAAAUUUUUUUUUCCCAAAAAAUAAUUUUCCCAAUAUUUUUUUUCCCAAAAAUAUUUUUUCCCGCUUUAUUGUUUUUUCCCGAAUGCAUGUUUUCCCAAAAUAACUUUUUUCCAAUAGAUAGCUUUCCCGAACAAAUACUACUGAAAUUAAUUUUUAUUAUUCUACUAUUUGACAUUUUUCGACGAUUCCGACAAUAUGAGUGUAUAUAAUAAUCAAAAAUCUUAUACUUAAGUAAUCGAAAAAGAUUCGAAAAAGUUUUUCAAUAUACAUUUUUCAAUUCGGAUAAAAAGACAAGGUAACGAAUGUAUCCAACUUCACUCAUAUAAACAAGUUUUUUCACGUCAUUCUUUUCGUGUCAAAAUUUCAUGAGCUAAAAUUUGCUGCCUAAAGUCAAAAUUUCUAAUUAUGGCGAAAUUAAUUGAAUGCAAAAAAUCAUUUCUUUUGCACAUUAACGGAUAUUUGUACUACAAACACUCAGGUAGAAUAGGAGAAACUGCGUAUUGGAAUUGCCGAAGAAAACCUGAGUGUAAUGCUAGAGUGACAACAUACGGAGGACCACACAAUAUCAGAGUUCUGAAGGGACUUGAUGAAUCGAAACACAUCCUUCAUGCACCAAACCCCGAAGAAGUCGAAGCGUUAAGAGUCAUGAAUAGGAUCAAACGUAAAGCUACAGAAAAUUCUGAAGCUCCUCCAGCUCAAAUAUUACGAACUGAAUUGCGAAACGUUUCACCAGCGGUAUUAGCGGAAAUGCCAAACAGAAUUAAUUCCCGAAAAAGUCUUAGUCGUGAAAGAUUAAAAGAUUUUCCCUCGAACCCGCGAACGCUGAGAGAAUUGCAGGAUAUUCCAGGCUUUUAUCAAAAUUCAUUGAAUGGAGAUAAAUUUCUAAUUUACGACUCCUAUGAAAAUGACGAAGACUCAGAAUUUGGGAGAAUACUCGUGUUCGCGACGCCUGAAAAUUUAAGGCAAUUAUUCAGGAGCAUAUUGUGGUUUGCCGACGGAACAUUUAAAACUGCGCCAAGUAUAUUUUUCCAAGUUUUCGCAAUUCUCGGAGCAGUUACACAACCGGAUUCAAGAGGAAAACCACAAACUAUUGGUUUACCUUUUGUCUACGCAUUAUUAGAAAACAAAGAGCAGAAAGUAUACGAAAAAGUAUUCUCGGUUGUUUUGCAAGAGGCAGAACGUCUAGGUAUCGAUAUUUCUCUUCCGAUUAAAGUGAUGACAGAUUUUGAGUUGGCUAUCAUCAAUGCUGUAAAAAUCGUAAUGGGCGAAGACAAGGCACGCUGCUGUUUUUUCCACCUCUGUCAAAACAUGUACCGCCAUAUCCAAAGUGAAGGACUUCAGAAAAUGUAUUGCGAUCCUGAAGAUCGAUCGGUCAAAGUAGCCACUCAUAUGAUAUGUGCCCUUGCUUUCGUCCCACAUCAAAACAUCGCCCGAGAAUUCGAAACCUUAAAAAAUGAAAUACCGGAGGAAAUGCGACCAAUUUCAAAAUACUUUGACGCUACGUACGUCCGAGGAAAACCUGCAAAAGGCCGACGUAAACAGGUGCAUCCUCGCUAUGCUCCAGAUUUGUGGUGUCAAUAUGAUGCAGUCAUUCAACAAACUGCGAGAACGAAUAAUAUAUCCGAAGGAUGGCACAACAGGCUUCAAGUUGUUAUAGGGAAAGAUCACCCCAGCUUCUACAUUUUUCUUUCCGAGUUGCAGAAAGAGCAAUCGGACACAGAAAUAAUGAUGCGACAAUUGCAAUCAGGACAGCAAGUUAAGAAAAAUAAAUAUUCCAAGAGGUUGAAACAUGAACAGAGAAUAUUUAACAUUGUUUCGAAAUAUCACGAAUAUGUUGAUAACAAUGAUAUUGUCACAUACUUGAAAACUCUAGGAUACUAUAUUCGCAUGUGAUUGUAUACAUACAAAUUCAUAAAUAAACUGAAAUCUUGUUUCAAAUAAUAAAAAAUGUACUCGCCCAUUCAUUGCAAAUGUAUAUGCGAUAUUUUACAGACGAACGAUAUUUUGGGAAAAAUAUUUUAUGGGAAAAUUUAUUUGGAAAUUUUUAGUUUGGGAAAAAUGGCAUUGGGAAAAUUAUUUUUUUGGAAAAAAAAAUUUGGGAAAAAAUAUUUUAUGGGAAAAUUUAUUGGGAAAUUUUUAUUUUGGGAAAAAAUGGCAUUGGGAAAAUUAUUUAUUGGGAAAAAAAAAUUUGGGAAAAAAUUUUUUUGGGAAAGUGAUUUUGGGAAAAUUGUACCCCAACCGGAAAAUAAGUAUCAGAUUUACAAAAGGAACGAUUAAUUACUAGAAAAUGUAUCUUUAAAGAUUGAGUUAAAACGGUUGACCGAUCAAACAAGCCGUUUUCGAGAUAUCGUGUACACCGACUUGAAAAAUGCCGUUUUGAAAAAAACACGUUUAAAGUUUCAAUACCUACCUUAAAACGUGCCGAGGCAUCUCUACAUAUUUAGGUAUAACUCCGAAAGUAUUGCUUAGAUCUACUUCAAAUUUCGUGCGUAUACUUUUGAAUAUAUGUACAUUACAAAAAUGCAAUAAAAAAAAAUCGAUUUUUUUGAAAGUCAUAACUGCGUAUAACCCCUUAAACGGCUUAGGCUCCCAUUGCCUUUAAAUGGGUCGCCAUAUUAAACUCGUAUUUAUUGACGAAAUCAUGCAUCGAUUUUUGUGGUAUCGAGAGUUGAUGUUCAAUUUGUAGUGUAGAAAAAUUUCAUCGUAUAAAUCGGUGUGGACAAUCCGCGGAGUGAAUCACUCUAGGCGCUUCAUAAAUAAAAGGGGUAAUUUAGUUAAAAACGGGGAAAACAAAUGUUAUGCAACUUUCUGGAAAAAAAUCAAAGGGCACUUAAAUGUUAAAUUUAAUCGGAUUCAUGUGACAUUAGUGCCUCAUUUCCAUGCUAUACUCAAACAUGUUAUCCUGUGCUGCCCCCAAUUUAUGUAUUGUUAAUUAAUUUUUACGACUUUUCAUUAAUUUGCAAAUGACCAAUGCACAAGAAAGCGCGUAAAAUCGUAAAUGCAACCAAACAACAACGAUGUUAUUGUGCCGUAAAUAUCAAGCACACAUACUAAACUACAUACAAGCACAUGUGUGUGUGUAUAUGCAUGUAGGUAUGUGACUGUUAAGGUUAAAUAUUUAAAAGUGCGAUCGCGAACACUUCACUGCAAUGCGGCGCUUUUGAAGUAAUGACAGUUGUUUUGAGGCGUUUAUUAAGCGAAUGAGUCCUUUUAUUUCACGAUAAUGAUCAGAUCAUUUUAAAAUAACAUGCGUACUUGUGAGUAUACAAACAAAUAAUAACAUUGCUUCGCAUGGAAGUGUCAGCGCAAGAACAUAAAUAUACAAGUCUACCUAUUUGUGUGCAUAUAAUGGGUUAUUAUUGAUGGAAAUCAGCUUAAGCUUUGUACCACAAAUACCACAAUUGCGCACAUGCACACAUACUUAUGUACCAUAUUUGUAUAGCGAAUGUUCGCUAUUUUUUUUAUAUAGAAGAAAACAAUCAACAGUUCCAGCAAAAAAAAUUUUCGAAAAUAAACGCGAUUCUUAAGUUCCUUCAAAUAUAUAACCUUGCAUACUCGAAAUUUUUUUAUAAAUUCGAAUUAAAAAAUUAAAUUAAAAUUUUUAUAAAUAUUUGUUGAUUUUUUUUUUUUGAACUUGCGCAAAGUUCGAAACUUGGAUUUGUAUGGUUUUGG